CGCAUUCUAACCAAAUUCAUCACAAUGAAUAACAAGCAUAACCGGAGUCUUUUGUUCUUCUUAAUUUCAUUUUAUUUUCUAGGUAUUUCAGUUUAUAUAAUAUGUUACAAUGGUCAACCUGCGAUGGCAGCUUUGCCCACAUCUCUAAAUACAAAUUCAAGAUGGAUUGUCGAUGAAAGUGGACGGAGAGUAAAGUUAGCAUGCACGAAUUGGGUAUCUCAUCUUGAGCCUAUGUUAGCUGAAGGUCUAAGUAAGCAACCUUUGGAUUCGAUUUCAAAGAAGAUUAGAACCAUGGGAUUUAACUGUGUUCGGUUAACAUGGCCUUUGUUCUUAGCUACUAAUGAUUCUUUGGCAUCAGUCACUGUUCGAAAAUCUUUUCAAAGCUUGGGACUUCUUGAAUCCGUCUCUGGAAUACAAGCUAAUAACCCAUCUCUCCUCGACCUUCCAGUAAUUGAAGCUCUUCAGGCUGUUGUAUCCAACUUGGGGCAAAACGAUGUGAUGGUGAUACUAGACAACCAUAUUAGUAAGCCAGGUUGGUGCUGCAGUAACUUCGACGACAAUGGAUUUUUCGGAGAUAAAUACUUUGAUCCGCAAUUAUGGAUCAAGGGGCUUACUAAGAUGGCCUCCAUUUUCAAUGGAUCAACCAGUGUUGUUGGCAUGAGCCUUAGGAACGAGCUUAGAGGGCGUAAGCAAAAUGUCAAGAACUGGUACAAGUAUAUGCAACAAGGAGCUGAGGCAGUUCAUGCAGCAAACCCAAACAUUCUUGUAAUACUAUCCGGGUUAAAUUUCGAUGCAGAUUUAAGUUUCCUUGCUAAACAACCGGUGAACCUAACAUUCACAGGAAAACUAGUACACGAGGUACAUUUAUAUGCGUUCACAAACUCCCAUGACUGGGAAAAUGGUAAUGUCAAUCAAGUAUGUGGAAAUGUAAUGAAUAGUUUUAUGAGAAGAGCAGGAUUUUUGCUUGACCAGGGUAUGGCGCCGCUGUUUUUAAGUGAAUUUGGUAUAGAUCAAAGAGGUACUAAUGUGAAUGACAAUAGGUAUUUCAAUUGCAUGAUGGGUGUUGCUGCUGAACUUGAUUUGGAUUGGGCUCUGUGGUCAUUAGUUGGGAGUUAUUACUUAAGACAAGGUGUGCUAGGAAUGGAGGAAUUCUAUGGAGUUUUAGAUUAUAAUUGGUGUGGGACGAGGAAUUCUAGUUUCAUGGAAAUAAUUUCUUCAAUUCAAGCUCCUUUGCAAGGUCCUGGUGUUUCUGAAAGAACUCAAUACAAAAUCAUUUACCAUCCGUCCACGGGACUUUGCGUCCACAGAAAAUCGUUGUUCGCACCAUUGGAGUUGGGAUCUUGUUCGAGUUCCGAAGGAUGGGAUUACACACCACAAAAACAUAUAUCACUAAAGGGAACUUAUUUCUGUCUACUAGCUGAUGGAGUUGGGAAGCCCGUUAAGCUUGGAAUUUUAUGUACAGAUACUAGUUCGGAAUGGGAAACGAUAUCUGAAUCCAAAAUGCAUCUUCAAUCUAAGCUCACCGACAGAAACCACACCGCUGUUUGUUUGGAUGUUGAUUCUAACAAUACUGUUGUUACUAAUUCAUGCAAAUGUUUGAGUAGAGAUAAAAUGUGUGAUCCUUCAAGUCAGUGGUUCAAACUUGUUAAUAGUACGAGAAGUACAUCAAGUUCAGCCGUAGAGUUGCUGUCUUUGCCGAUUAACGAGCAAAUCCAAGAGAUUGAAUUGGAAGAUUUGAAAGGGAAUGAUGAUCAAGAAAGCAGUACUCAGUAAUAUAUAAAAAAAUAAAACUAACACUUAAUGAUAACUUGGAACUCAUACUUCUUAAAUCUUGUACGCAAUUUACAUAAAUUUGCAAAACGUAUAAAUUGGUCACUAUUGAUUAAUAUUCUUUAUUUUGUAUUAAUAUUAAUACUAAAAAUUUAAAAAUACAUCAAGAUUCAGUUA